CAGGUUAUAUAUAUGCGUGAGGAGCCUGUUAAAUUCAAAACAAUGAGCUAAAAAACCGAUGCUAAUGUAUUCUCGUGCUUAUAUCGCUUUGUCAUACGCAUGAUUGCAUAAGAUGCGCCUGCCGUUAACCUUAUCAAGCGAAAAUGUGCCCGACUGUCCGAGCGACGAACAAUGUGGGUGAUAAGAGCGCACGCGUGUCUUGUUUCGUCAAUUACGGAGUAAUUAAUCCGUGUCUCGAAAAUUGAUGACAUCGUACAAUCAUUGAUUUUCAUUCGUACAGCAUUCGUGUGGUGAAUAUUUACAUGUCGCGGAUAUUACAUUCGCGACCGCCAUUAGACACAUCGAUGCCGUUAUUCCUGCCAUCGCAAGAACAGUUAAAUUGCCUACUAAACUGCUAAACUGUGAGUUCCCGAUUCUCCCAAAGCUGCAUUUAACAGUUACGUGCAGCACUGACGAUCACGAACGUCCGUCCGUUGCAACCCCUUUCGAAUUCUCUCCCACUCACGCGAUCUUGCCGCUUCCAGUUUGCAAAGUCCGAUUAUUUGUCAGUGACUUCAAGGCACAGCGUUCCGUUGCAUAACAGUCGCAGGUUUUCUGUCACAAGCGUCGGUACGCAGCGGGGAGAAAGUGAGAUUCGUGCUCGAGCGCACGAGUGUUCGCUGCGAGAAAAGUAAAGAGUCAUCAUCAUCGUCGUCGAGGAGACAUCGGUGCCAAGAUGAGCUGUCUGAAGGCGACCGGUACUGUCUUUAUCUACAUCGGCUUAUUUCUGGCCAUAAUCACGUUCAUACCAGGUUUACCUCCAGACAUAGAAUUCUCUGAGAUCAGCGUGGUACCGCCACGCGAUCUCGAUCCACGAUUCCCGAAGAAUCGGCUGACAGGAUGCGAGAAACUAUUCGAGGGACAACUUACCGGUGCAGAAGGCUUCAGCUCUUACAAUGGGCAGCUAUAUAGCGGCAUACAUGGUGGUUACAUUAUACGACUUGAGGAGGAUCGCUUCGUGCCCAUAGUCAAAUUCGGUAAAAAAUGCGAUGGUAUUUGGCAAGAACAUAUAUGUGGCAGACCAUUGGGAAUGAAAUUUGACAAGAAAGGCAAUUUAUUUGUAGUAGAUACUUAUUACGGGAUUUUCAAAGUAAAUGUUGAAACUGGAGAAUACACAAAUAUAGUAAAUAGCUCUAAGCCGAUCAAUGGGAAAGUUCCGAUGUUACCUAAUUCUGUAGACGUAGCAGAAAAUGGAGAUUUGUAUUGGACCGACAGUAGUACGGCGCUCCCACUUAAUAUCUUAGUGCCGUUAUUCUUCGUCAAUCCAUCAGGAAGGUUUAUUCGUUAUAAUGCGGCUACAAAGAAAAACGAAGUGUUAAUGGAAAACCUUGCAUUCGCAAAUGGAGUUAAACUAAGCGACGACGAAAGUUUCGUACUUGUCGCAGAAUCGUUAUUAACCCGUAUCAUGAAAUACCAUUUGAAAGGACCGAAGGCAGGUCAAAAAGAGAUUUUCAUAGACGCCUUGCCGGGCAUGCCGGACAAUCUUCAGAGCGACGGCCGCGGUGGAUUUUUCGUUACUAUGGUUAUAACCGUCGAUUCUGAGCAUCCUCAGCUAUCUGUUUCGCUCUUACCACAUCCAUAUCUGAGAAAAAUGAUCGUACGAUUGUUAUUAUUACUGAGAGCACCGUUCAAACUGUUGAAUGAUCUUAUUCCCAAUGUCUAUUGCGAGAGAAUGGCGCAUGCGAUGGUAUCAUAUCAAGGUAUCGGGAUGUUAUUCGAUCAAAAAAGACGAUCUCUACUGUUGAGAUUAGAUGCGUCUGGUAACAUUAUAGAAGCCCUUUCUUCAGACGAUGAUACCUUCAGCGGUAUAAGUGAUGCUUAUAUACACAAUGGCUAUGUAUGGUUUGGUUCUCCAUGGCGAUCGUAUAUCCCUCGAGUACCGUUGAAACAGGCUUUCCCUGAUCUAGCUAAUGAUGAAAAAUUAUCUUCUGGCGCAAAGAGUGAGAAGCGUUCUGCAAGUUCAAAUUCUGAGAGAACGAAACGAGAUACAGAUUCUGUGACGACGAAACCGACCGAGUCGAAGCCGAAGGCAGCUCCUACAACACCGAAACCAACUGCUGCUCCCACGACAACACCCAAGCCAACUGCUGUGCCAAGCCAAGCUCCUAAAGCUAGCAAACCCACCACCGACAGUGGCAGUGCAAAAUCUUCGGAAACCAAGCCAGCUUCAAAACCGAACGCUAAGACUGAAACAAAAACAAAUACCGCAAAAUCCGGAAAGAAUGCAAAAGUGGAGCAGGAUGCACCCGUGAAACAAAAAAUGCCAAACUCGCAAUCUGCGAAAGUUAAAUCGGCAGAAGCAAACCGUCCAAAAGAAGAAUUCUAAUGAAGAACUCUAAUGAAAAAUAGGCAACGCCGCAUUUGUGAUACCAGUAACACCAGUUAAACAGUACACUUCAUUUCACAAACAUUCCAUUCCGAUGAAAAAUAAAAAUCGAGUACGUACAGGUUAUUAAUUCCUAAGAUACAGCAAGACAUAGGAUACUUGCUUUACAUUUCAUCGUUACAUCCCAGUCGUACACAUUCGUUUAUGUAUAUGCAAGGUAUGUAGUCCAUCGUACCAUGAAAAAAUAAUUGAUUAUAUCUUACAUUUUCGGAGUGAAACAACGCAAUAAUAUACAUUAUAAAAAUUGACGAAUUUUAUUCCAAUACGAUGUAAAGAUAAAAGUUGAUACAUUAGCGACUGAUGUGUACAUACAUAUAUAUAUAUAUAUAUAUAUAUAUGAAGUUGCAAACAUUGUUUUUGCAGAUUUUACUAAACGUUAUUCGUUUAUAGUUACAUGCUGAAUUUUUAUAUAUUUAGAAUUUAAAUAUGACACCUGAAAAGAUUUAUAAUUUUUUUAUGGCAAUCCUAACAAUAUUUAUCGUUACUGUUUACUUUUCUGCUACUUUUAAGUUUCGAUUGCGAUUCUGUAGGUGGAAUUUGAAAUCAGAUAUUAAAGUAAUUAACUCGUAACAAAUCUUUAAUAAAGACAAUUACUAUUUUGUUAUUAAAAUGUUAUCCUGUAUUUUGAUUUGUGCAAUCUGGAUUCAUGAUUUAAAGAUAAUUAUUAUUUUUAUUUUUAUAUAUUAUAUUUUUGUGUUUAUCUGUGAUACAGAGAAUAUGCACAAAUGUAAUUUGCAUAAAUUGUGACAGAUAUAAUUGAAUAAAGCUCGAGACAAUAUACAAAGAUUGUAAUUAAAAGCUGAACACCUUACUGUCAAGUUGAAUGAUAUUAUUUAUUAAUUAUAAACUAUGUAUGGAUUAUAAUAAUUUUGUUACAUGGUGUCAGGUAUGGAAUGUAAAAUAGUUAUAAGAAAUUGUACAGUUUGGCAACUGAAAUAAAAGCAGCUUUAUAAAUAGACGAAUA